AAUUUUCAGAUUCUUGAUAAUCAAUCUCAUUCAUUAGUAGACUCAAUUUCAAAAUCAUUAUACCUCCAAUUUUUGUCUUUUUUUCAUGCUUCUCUUUUACUGUAUUAUAAGGUACUACCAAACACUGAUAACAACUGAUAUUUCUCUUUCCCUUUAACUUCAAAGGAAGGUUUCCUUUUUGGUAUUUGCUUCAAUUAAGGAAGGUCUAUUUUCCAUUUUCUAAACGACCCUCUUUUUUUCUUGGUAUAUUUUUAUAUCUCAUUUUUAAAAAAAUGGGAUUUUUAUAUUGUUUUGGGCUAUGAUUUGAUUUGAAUGGCUUUAUUUCCAAAUGGGGUUUGGGCAUUUUAGAAGUAUAAGAGAUCUGGGGUUUAGAUUUUGCUUCAUUGUUUGGGAAGAAGUUGUGUUAUAGUGUUCUUGGGUGGCUUAUUUCUGCUUCUGGGAUCUCAUUGCAAAUAGGUUCACCAAGAAUGGCAUCUGAUCUUAAUUUCCAACUGUCUAAGAAAACCCAUAUAUUCCAUCUAAAGGUGUGGGUUUUAUUAGCCAUCUUUGUAGGACUUUUUAUUGUAAUCAUUCUUUUGCUGCUGCCGUUUUGCUUUUCUCGUAAAAAAUCCAGAAAGUUUCAUGAUACACUACCCAUAAGCCAAAUUCCUGAUGUGUCUAAAGAAAUAAGAGUUGAUCAAAAUUCAGCAAGCAACUACGGCGGCGUUUACAGGAAUCCCCUUGCAUAUCAGGACACAUACAAUGAGAAAGAUUCGGAUAAGCUUUUGGCACAUUCAAAUAUUGACAAGAUGAAAGAUUUUGACAUUACCAGUCAAUCAGACUCAUUUACUUAUUUAGACAAAGACGGAAUAUUUGAGUCAGGGGAAAAUGGAGCUGCUGGAACAGUAUAUCAUCCUUCACAUCCUACGAGUGUCCCGUCUCCUCUAUCUGGUCUACCUGAAUUCUCUCACCUCGGCUGGGGCCACUGGUUUACUCUGCGCGACCUUGAAACUGCAACUAACAAGUUUUCUAAGGAAAAUAUCAUUGGAGAGGGUGGUUAUGGCAUUGUUUAUCGGGGACAGCUGAUCAACGGAACUGAAGUUGCUGUUAAAAAACUACUGAAUAAUUUAGGACAAGCAGAGAAAGAAUUUCACGUGGAAGUUGAGGCCAUUGGUCAUGUCCGACAUAAAAAUUUGGUUAGACUUUUGGGCUACUGUAUUGAAGGAACCCACAGGUUAUUGGUUUAUGAGUACGUAAACAAUGGGAAUUUAGAGCAAUGGCUACAUGGAGCUAUGCGACAGCAUGGGUACCUUACAUGGGAAGCCCGGAUGAAGAUUCUCCUUGGCACCGCUAAAGCUCUUGCAUAUUUACACGAGGCAAUUGAGCCCAAGGUGGUGCAUCGCGACAUAAAGUCAAGCAACAUAUUGAUAGAUGAUGACUUCAACGCAAAAAUUUCUGAUUUUGGCCUGGCCAAGUUGCUGGGCGCGGGGAAGAGUCACAUUACAACCAGAGUCAUGGGCACUUUUGGAUAUGUAGCUCCUGAGUAUGCAAAUAGCGGUCUCCUGAAUGAGAAGAGUGAUGUGUAUAGCUAUGGCGUAGUGCUUCUAGAAGCCAUCACCGGAAGAGAUCCAGUGGAUUAUGGUCGCCCUGCUCCCGAGGUGAAUCUUGUCGACUGGCUCAAGAUGAUGGUUGGCAGCAAACGCUCAGAAGAAGUGGUUGAUCCAACAAUCGAGACAAGGCCUUCCACAACUGCCCUUAAACGAGCUCUGUUAACAACUUUAAGAUGUCUCGAUCCAGAUUCUGAUAAAAGGCCUACAAUGAGUCAAGUUGUUCGAAUGCUUGAAUCUGAGGAAUAUCCAAUACCACGAGAGGGUCGAAGACGGAGAAGGAAUCAGGCAGGUGUUGAAGAAACAGAAUCUCAUAAUCGAAAGUCUAACACAGAUAGCAGUGAAAAACCAAUUUUGACGAUGAAGAGUAGAAGCGAUAAAUAAACAUAUAAACACACAGGGGCAAUCGCCAGAUUGAUGACUUAAAGUUACUGUCUCUGAAAUGAGAGGAGUGGCACAUAAAGGAUCCAUAAUUUUUUCAAUUUGGUAUAUCUUAUCAUACUUGUAGAUGUUUGAAAGAAUCAUUUUUAUGUGCAUGAAAAUCAGUCAGUAUAUAUAAGUUCCUCAUUUUUUGACUCUGCCUUCUUUACAUACAUGGUUAUGUAUAGCUAGUUGACAUUCUUUUGUCCUAUCCAUAAUUUUUGUUACCUUU